AUGGAGGCCUUCACAGCCGUGAUGAAGACCAUGGAUGAGUCCGUUGAGACCACAGUGUUCGACUAUGAGUAUUCACUGCCAUGUAUAAAAGUCAACAUCCAGCAGCUGGGAGCCCAAUUCUUGCCUCCGCUGUAUUCCCUGGUGUUUGUGGUUGGUCUGCUGGGCAAUGUGGUGGUGGUGGUGAUCCUCACGAAAUACAAGAGGCUCUGGAUUAUGACCAACAUCUUCCUGCUCAAUUUGGCCAUUUCUGACUUGCUUUUUCUAUUCACCCUGGUGUUCUGGAUUCACUAUGCUUGGUGGAAUGAAUGGGUUUUUGGCUCUUCCAUGUGUAAGCUCCUCUCCGGGCUUUAUUACAUGGGCUUAUACAGUGAGAUCUUUUUCAUCAGCCUGCUGACCAUAGACCGGUACCUGGCCAUCGUCCAUGCCGUGUUUGCCCUUCGAGCCCGGACUGUCACUUUUGGUGUCAUCACGAGUGUUCUCACCUGGGGCCUGGCAGGGCUAGCAGCCCUCCCUGAAUUUAUCUUCCAUGAGUCCCAAGAAGACGUCCAACAGUUUGUCUGCUUGCCUAUUUACCCAAAAAACCAAGAAGACAGAUGGAAGCGUUUCCAUGCUCUGAGAAUGAAUAUCCUGGGUCUCACUCUGCCUCUGCUCAUCAUGGUUGUCUGCUACUCUGGAAUUAUUAAAACCCUGCUGAGAUGCCCCAGUAAGAAAAAGUACAAGGCCAUCCGGCUCAUUUUUGUCAUCAUGGUGGUCUUUUUCAUUUUCUGGACACCCUACAACGUGGUCCUCUUCCUCACGGCUUUUCAAACGAUCUUCUUUGAGACCAGCUGUGAGCAGAGCAAACAGCUGGACGUGGCCAUGCAGGUGACGGAGGUGAUCGCCUACACGCACUGCUGCGUCAACCCCAUCAUCUACGCCUUCGUAGGGGAGAGGUUCCGGAAGCACCUCUGCCACUUCUUCCGCAGGCACGUGGCCACCUACCUGGGCAAAUACAUCCCAUUCUUUCCCAGCGAGAAGUCAGAUAGAGCCAGCUCCGUAUCCCCAUCAACAGGGGAGCAGGAAUUGUCAUUUGUAUUUUAAGACCGACGUGCUGGACCCAUGAAGCAAACGCAUUACGUCAAUCACAGCCCUUUAAACUUCUAGCUCAAUGCUGAAACUCUUAAAGACAUUAAAAUAUAUACACAAUGGU